AUGUUUUCUCUAUUAAAGUCUUAUUUUUCUAAUUCUGGAAAUCAGAAAGAAUUGAGAAUUUUAAUUAUUGGUGAAGGCGGUUCAGGAAAGACAAGUUUAUUUAAUCUAAUAGCAAAUUAUCACAAUAAAAGUAAAUAUGAUAUAAUAAAUACACAAUAUUUAAUAAAUGGUAAUAAUGGUAGUUGCCCGCUUGGGUUUAAUACAAAAAAAAUAUGUGUAAAUAAAAGGAAUUUACAAAUAUAUGAUAUAGAAGGAACCGAAACCAAUACUAUAAAUAUUCAUGAUUGCUAUUAUGAUGAUACGGAUGUUAUAUUUUAUGUAAUUGAUGCAAAAUGUGAAUGUAACAUAUUUAAAUUGAUUAUAUACUUAUGUUAUCUAUGUACAAAUGGAAUUAAUAGCAUAAAAAAAAAACAAAAAAGGAAAAAGGAAACAGAAGAAUGUCAAGAUGAAAAAAAUGGUGUAGAAGAUGAUAAGGUAUUUAUAAAACCAAUUAUUAUAUUGGCAAAUAAAUCAGAAGAAUUCUCAUAUUAUUCUUCACCUUGCAUAUACAAUUAUAUAAGGUCUUUAGAUAUAUAUGAAAAUGAAAAGUUUAAGAAUUUUUUUUUAUCGAAUGAUAAUAUAUAUUUAAAUGAUUAUUUAUGUUUAUUAUAUAAAAGGGUAGUUGAAUUAUUUAUUGUAAAUAAUACUCCACUGGAAAAGUUUAUAUUAAAAGAAAAUGACGAAAAAAGUGAAAUUAAAAAAGAAGCUAUGAUAAAUAAAUUCAAUAAAAUUAUAAAUAAUAUCAAGCUUAAUAAUAAAAGUUUUAUAUCUAGCGACGAGUUGGAAAAUAAUGAAAUAUUGUCAAACAUUAUGAAAGAUAUAAUUAAUAAACAAAUAAAUAAUUAUAAGCAUGUAUCAUUAGAAGUAUAUAAUAUUAGUGUAUUAAAAAAUAAAGGAGUAUAUGAUGUUAUUGAAACAGUUUUUUUAAAAUAUUGCGAAAAAAAUACGAAUACAAAUGAAACAAGGAUUCAUGAUGUUAAUUCUAAUAAUGUAAAUAUAACGAAAAGCAAUCAAAAUUAUAAAAAAUUAGAUGGAAAUCCUUUUGUAGCAUCAAAUUCACUUAUGAAUAGUAAUGUAAAUCAAAAAAAUGAAACAUUAUUUGAAUAUAAAAAUAAUUUAAAUGAACAAAAACAUACAUAUGGGAAUGAUGCAUAUAAAACUGAUCACGCAAACACUCAAAAAAUGGAUAAUAAAAAAGAACUAGAUAUGAAUCCACAUAAUAAUAGUAGUAAUAAGUUAUCCAGUUUAUAUAAUGAAAAUAAUUCAAAUGUUUAUAAUAGUGUAAUAUACUAUAAAAAUAAAUCAAAAAAACUAAAUUUUUAUGGAAACAAUAAAGAAUGUAUACUAUACGAAAAUAAUAAACACGCAGUUAACAUAUUUAUAGAACAUAUACAACAUACAUGUUUUGGAAAAAAUACAUAUGAAAAUAUUGCUGAUAGCAUAAAUUUUUUUAAUAUGAAAAAUAAAGAAUUAAAAGAUGAAAUUCUUGCAUCCGAUGAAAUAGAAAAACACGAAAAAAAUACAUGUACAAAACAAUUACAGGAUUCUGGAUAUAGCGAUAUUCCUAUUUAUGAGAAAAUGGAGACAAUAGAUGAUGAAAAUUUGGUUAUUCCUAAAGAAUAUAGCCAAGAAAAAUCAUUAUUUUGUGAAAAAAAAGAAAAUAUGGAGAACUAUUCAAUUGAUAAAGCUGAAAAUAGAGACACAGAAAUGGAAGAAAAACUGUCUUCUUUAAAUGAACCAGAAAAUGAAAAAAUAUAUAUUAACAGUUCUGAAACGAUGGAAAUUAAGAAUGAUAAUGAUGAUACAUUAUAUGAUGGAAGAUCACGGUUUUUGGAGAAAGGAAUAAAUCAAAAUGAUUAUAAGAAUUUGUUACAUAUUGAAACAAAAGACGAAACAGAUUUUCUCAAUGGAGGCGAUGAAAACAAUUCUUCUUUUGAAAUGGAUAAAUCAAAUUAUGAUGAUAAUAAAAUUGAGCAUAAAAAUAAAAAAAAUGAAAGAAUAAAAAAUUCAUCUGAAGAUGUAAUAACAUAUAAAGAAUCUUUAAGUUUUGAAAAUUGCACGAAUAAUAUUUCUUAUACUGAUUAUUCUUCAAAUGAAGAAAAUGGUAACAACCAUUUUACCCAACCUCAGAAUGAAUUUAAAGAAAACAUAAAUAAAGGGGAAGACACCCAAAAUUAUGUAUAUAAAUCAAAAAUUAAUAAAAAAAGAUAUUCAUGUAUCAAAAAAAAAAAAAAAGAAACAUUUUUGCAUAAUGCAAAUUCCAAUGAUGCAGGGUCAUAUUCUAGUGAUUCACUUGAAGAUACUAAUUUGAUGAAUGUUAUGUGCAUUGAUUCGCUGAAAGAAAUUUAA